ACAGGAAUCGGCCAUCCAUUGUUCAUAAAAUUCCAGGACAGGACUUGGGAGAGAACCAGGAUUUCAAAGAGAGAUAGAACGAGAUCUGAGAGAAAGUUCAUUAGAUUAUGAAGAAGUCUUUGAAAGUAUAUUGUGAGAUUUUAAGGUUAGUCAGCAAAUCGCCCAAACUAUUACAAAUUUGCAAGAGAGAAUUUCGUCAAUUACAGAGAAGUCGAUACAAUUACCGACCUAAUAUCUUCGAUAAACUCUCUUCAACAGGGUUUACAAUCAUGCCAUCUGGGUUCUCAAAAAGUAUUCAGUGGAUCAUUCUGCAGCUGAUAAAAUGUAGCAAUUGAAUAAUUAUCUGAAUUUUUCCAGCCAACACUUUAAUAAUAACAAAUGGAUACUACAAUGCCACGGCUGGGAAAACACCGGAUACGGUUUACGGUUCUUUACAGUGUAGAGGUGAUAUUGCAUCACAAGAUUGUCAAAGUUGUGCUGCAAUUGCAGCUAAAGAUAUCAUUACAGAAGAGAGAUGCCCAAAUUCUAAACAAGCCAUCAUUUGGUAUGAUGUAUGUCUGUUAAGGUAUUCAAAUCAAUAUUACUUCAAUCUAAUACAAGGUAAUACAUUGUUUAAUUUAUCGAAUACUAACAACGGUACCGAUCCGGAUAAGUUUAAUCCAGCUUUAGGUGAUUUAAUGAAUGGUUUAGUAAGUAAAGCUAUUUCAAAUGGUUCUUUAAAUUUUGCUACUGGUGAUACGAGUUUUAAUGAUUUCCAAAGAGUAUAUGGGUUAGUGCAAUGUACCGUUGAUAUAUCUUCUAGCAAUUGCAGUCGAUGUCUCCAUGGAGCUAUCUCUGAAUUACACAAUUGCUGUAACGGGAAACAAGGUGGAAGGAUUUUUAGACCUAGUUGUAAUUUAAGAUAUGAAAUAUAUCCUUUUGCUCAAUCUAUGGUUCCUCUGUCGCCACCUCCACGGUCUCCUUAUCCUUCUCAGCCAUUAUCAGCGAAUACGAGUACAACUAAACUCAGAUCAAAGAGAAAUUCAUACGUACUAGCUCUUAGUAUAGUCAUUCCUUCUGUUAUCACAGUACUUUCCACCAUCACCUUUUGGUUUUCCUGUUUUGGAAGAAAGAGAACAAAGACACAGAAGUUUGACAAUGUCGAUGAUGAGUUGCACAGUACAGAAUUGCAAUUCAACUUCAGUACACUAAGUGCUGCAACAGACAACUUCUCUGAAGCUAAUAAACUUGGAGAAGGUGGAUUUGGGUCUGUUUAUAAGGGUACACUUUCUGACAGACAUGAAAUAGCCGUGAAGAGGCUAUCAAAAAAUUCAGGUCAAGGUGAACAAGAAUUCAAGAAUGAAGUUACCUUAGUAGCUAAACUUCAGCACAGAAAUCUUGCGAGGCUUCUAGGCUUCUGUAUAGAUGGUGAAGAAAAAUUACUCAUCUAUGAAUUCAUGCCGAAUGCAAGCCUUGGCCAAUUCCUUUUCGAUCCGAAUAAGUGUACACUUCUGGAUUGGGCAAGACGAUACAAGAUAAUAGGUGGGAUAGCUAGAGGCCUCCUCUAUCUUCAUGAAGAGUUUCGACUCAAAAUUAUUCAUCGGGAUCUCAAGGCUAGCAAUAUAUUGUUAGAUAUAGACAUAAAUCCUAAAAUUGCAGAUUUUGGCAUGGCUAGGCUUUUUAUGCUUAACCAAACGCAAGCUAAUACAAGUAGAGUAGUUGGAACUUUUGGUUACAUGGCUCCAGAGUAUGCAAUGCGAGGACAAUUCUCCGUGAAAUCAGACGUGUUUAGUUUUGGUGUUUUAGUGUUAGAGAUUCUUAGUGGACAGAAGAACUGUUCUUAUGAAUCAGAUGUUUCUCAGGACCUUCUAAGCCAUGCAUGGAAACAUUGGAAGAAUGGAUCUGCUUUAGAAAUGUUAGAUUCAACCAUCAAGGAUACAUGUUCUAGAGGUGAAGCGAUGAGAUGCAUCCACAUUGGGUUAUUAUGUGUUCAAGAGAAUGUUGCAGAUAGACCCACAAUGCCAACAGUCCUCCUAAUGCUCAAUAGCUACUCUGUCAGUCUCGAUUUACCUUCAGCACCUGCAUUUUAUGCUGGUAGUAGACUAAUACUAGAUCCAUAUCCAGGCCAAAGUGAAAAACAAAAAAUCUCGAAACACAAGUCACCUGAUGAAUCAGCAGCAAGGAGCAUCAAUGAAACUUCAAUAAGUGAGCUUUAUCCUAGAUGAAGAUGAUCCCUGAGUACAUAAUUUUGUUCCGUCACUUUUUCUCUUUUUCUGAGUUUGUUGGCACUUGGCAGUAUCUAAAUUUUUUAGUUAGCAGUAACUGAAUCGGCAUAGGAGAUUAGAUUCUCAUAGUAAGACCGUUACAAUGAUAUUCAAUUUACUGAAAUUUAGUUUUCCUUAUAGUUUC